UAAAAAUAGACAAAAUAGCAGAAUCUCGUGAUAUCAUGGGACAAUUACUCGUUGUUGUGCAGAUAUAACACUAGUGAAUAGAUUAUAAAAUAUCUGGAUAAAACAGUAGUACGCCAGCUAGCUACAGGGAAAUCGUUACGACGAGCUCAAAUAUCGUCUCUGCUAUUGACGCUUGAAAGUAAUGAUCACAAUGGACCUCUCUAUGCUGAUACUUUGCACUAUACUGCUCAUAUUUCUGUUGUGGAAAGGCAGUGCUAUAGUCAGAACGCAUCGGACGAAUAGCGCUCUAUUUUCAUCUAGGCAAGUUUUGUCGAUUGGAAAGCGUCACCCGAUCUUUGGACAUCUUCAUCUGAUGCCAGAUUUUACGGAGUACUUACGCCUUGUGGACAAAGGUAUCCAGGAUACCGGGAAGAAGAUAUCCGGAUUCUGGAUAAUGUUUUUCUACCCUAUAUUUUCCUUAUGCCAUCCUGAGACCGCUAAGGUUAUUCUGAAGACAGCUGAACCCAAACCCGUGCAGACCGGAGGUGGUUACUUUGCAUUUCUGCCUUGGCUAGGAAACGGUUUAUUGGUUAGCUCUGGCAGACAUUGGGACAGAAAUCGACGUCUUUUAAACCCAGCCUUCCAUUUGAAUGUCCUCAAGCCAUAUGUCGUCACUUUCAACAAAGUAUUUGAUAAGUUUUUGACAAAAAUGGAAAAAGCGGCAAGCGACGGCAAAGGUGUUGAGGUUAGUGAACCUGCGGGCAUGGCUACUCUUGAUACCGUACUGAGAUGUGCGUUUUCAUUUGAUGAAGAUAUACAGGAAGCAGGGUCGAGGCAUCCGUAUGUAGAUUCUGUCCAGAACAUAGUGACUCUAGCGGGCGCUAGGAUGUUAAAACCAUGGCUUUAUCCGGAAUUAUUCUUUCGGCUAUCUGCUGAUGGAAGGAACUUUUUCCGUCAUGUAAAAUACGUACACGACUUUGAUGAAAAGGUCAUCCAACAGCGACGACAAUCCAUGGCGGUAGAUGCAUCCACGAAGACCAAGGGUCGACUGGAUUUCCUUGACAUUCUUCUUACCGCCCGAGAUGACAACGAUACAGGACUGACCGACCGUGAGAUCAGGGACGAAGUCGACACCUUCCUCUUCGGUGGUCAUGACACCACUGCGGCGGCUAUCAGCUGGACAAUGUAUUUAUGCUCGAAACAUCCAGAGGAACAGCAGAAGCUAUACGAUGAAGUACAGCGAGUAGUAGGAGAAAAGCCGCAGGUGGAAUGGUCAGAUAUUCAGGAGAUGUCCAGAUUGUCACUGUUUCUGAAGGAAUCGUUACGGAUGUAUGCACCUGCUUGUGCGGUUGCUAGAAUCACAACAAAGGAACAUAUAGUGGAUGGAUUGACGCUCCCUGCAAACACUGAAGUGAACAUCCUCAUCGAUUCUAUCAACCAUCGUGAGGACAUAUGGAAGGAUCCCGAAACAUUUCGGCCUGACAGAUUUGAAGAUUCUGAUAGAGAUCCAUACAGUUUUGUGCCAUUCUCUGCUGGUCCUAGAAACUGCAUAGGCCAAAACUUUGCCAUGACCGAACUAAAGGUGGCUAUUUCGAAGAUCAUUAAACGAUUCAGGAUUCUGCCUGAUCUUGAUCAUGAGACUAUUCCGCGUAAGGAAGCCGUUCUUCGCUCCAAAAGCGGCGUAUGGGUGAAACUGGAAAAGCGUCAUCAAAGCUAAUACAUUAUGUAGGACUCGAGUUGGCUGGUGUAAAGAAUGAUUGCAUCAACGGAAAUGCUGACAGUUAUAUUGAUCUCCUUGUUCAUGAUUGUGAUAACGCAUAUAUUGUUUUAAUUCUGUACGCAUUUGAUUAGGUUUUUGCGUAAUAUUGAUUCAAACAUUAUUAAAGGAUCAUAUCAUUUCAAUUAGAUAUGCUGAUGUAGAUGUCGAUGAUGUGGUACCAGAAAUGUCGUAGAACGCAUGAUUGAUGUUGACUUGCCCUGUGAUAAAGCUAACCAAUAACUGUUUAUAAAACGUAACAAAACGGCUCAACUGAAAUAACCGCUGUGGAGGAACAAGAAAAACGGAAGUUUGAACGGACCAUAUCACAAAAAAUAAGUCGUUGGCAUUUCCUCCCAACAGCUAUUCAGCCGAGAAUUUAAUCUUUAGCAGCUAUGAUUUAGUUAAAAAUAAAUUAGGAGUGUUGUUA